AUGUGUGAAUUAAAAGUGUAUUUCCAAAAUGAUCAAACAAUGUUCCUGCCAGGACAAGUUUUGAAUGGUGAAGUGUCGCUGGAAAUCACGAAAAAGAAAAUUUAUCGUUUUCGAGGAUUAAAGGUUGCUGCGCGCGGAUAUGCUAUUUGCAAAUUUAAGGAAGGGGGUGAGUCCUUCUUCGCAAAGGAGACUGAGUAUGUCGGACGACAACAAUACGUGUCUGAAUCAGUUAACAUUUUUAAGUGCUCUGACGAUGCACCAAUGCUUUUCAAGCCUGAUAAAUAUACAUUUAAAUUCUGA